AUGUUAUUUCUUGUGUGGCUUGUCACAGUUAUUCUUAAUUCGAAUCCUGUGUCAUCCAGACGAUGGCAACUUAAAUCAAUGGAUAAGAAAAAUCCAUUUCCGGAACUGCCACCACUUUCAAAAUGCAAAAUUUCAGGAAACGUUCGGUUUAUUCCUCAAUAUAAUAUCGAUAAUCUUUUUACAGAGGUUCUGGAUGGAAACGAAACAAUCGUUGAUGGUGUGUUCUCUACACCGAUUGGAGUAUCAGGAAUAAAAACAAUAAGUGGAAAGCCUGUUUAUACUGCAGAACUGUUGAAUAUGGAUGAAAUAAUGAUUUAUGAUUUAACCGUUCCGGUAUUUAAUAAUGCUAUCGAAUUAGUUACUCCUGUUCCUUAUCUUGCACCUUUAACUAUUUGUGGGAAAGAUUCAAUAAUUGGGAAAACUGUGGUUAUUAAAAGACAAGGUAAAGAAAUUGCAAGAGCUGUGAUCUCAGCAUUGAAAUCCUUUGAACGCUUAGUGGAUCCAAAUUACAC